AUGGAUCGGCACGUCGGGGUGGAUUUCCGGGAUUCGUGGAUUCGCGGAACAGAUAUCGCCGUCGUUGUCGUUCAUAAUUGUGUCGCCGAACCCAUCGGGAAAGCGGAGACGGAUGAUGGGAGCUUACAACACUCGUUGUCCAGCCCCUGGAUACCCUCAAACAGUAGCACCGGCAACCGAGCUUCCGUAUUUCGAAUGCCACCACUUCCAACACCACCACAUGAUUAUGAGAAGCCGCACAAUGUCGCCGCCGUCGAUGGCCAGCGGGCACACGGUGCUUUGGCCGGGCCUAGUGUCAGCCAACCCACCGGAACCACCCCAUCGAACUUCCAGGGCAUCACCAGAACAACAUCGAAGAGGAUGUCAUCGCCGCCACCUACGCGGUCUGGCUUGGCUACCGGAUCAGUUCAUCUCCCGCAAUCCAGGAUCCAGGUGCCCAUCAUCCCCACAUCCGAUACAGGCAGGGUCCACAGCCGGUCGGUGGUGCAGCAACAGACUCGGCAGUGCACAACACCCGGUGCAACUGUCAACGCUCCGACGACAGAGGUCACCCCGGCAGCGAAAACAUCUCCGACGGGGUUUAGCGCAGGCGACUCUACCACAACAACCGCCCAAACCACUCCAGUUACCCGCGCUUCGAACCGCAACCGCAGGAAGUCUCAGCGUGCUCUGGAAGCUGACAGCAACACGCAGGAAGCUCACACUAAUUAA